GCGGGCUCCAGGGCGGCUGACGGGGCGUUGUGGGGAGCGGGGCUGCCCCCGCGGGUGUGUUGAAAGCCGCAGCUGCUGCCUGCUUGCUUGCCCGGCGGCGGGAUUAGAGCGGCCGCCUGUCCCCUCGCCCACGCUAGGAGUCAUGUUCAGGGGGGAACGGGGACACGGCACACCGGGCGAGAGGGGACUUCCCGGGACUUUCUACCCGUCCCGGGAGCGGAUCCACCGGCAAACAGCUGGAGGAGCUAACAGGAGCAAGGCGGCGGCCGCAGCCCCGCGAAGGGUGUUCGCUGAGAAGCGGCACCCGGCAGGCAGCGGCCGUGAGGAGACACCGACCUGGAGCUGCUGCGUGUCAGCCUUGUCCCUGGGAAGGGGCGUCCCGGGGAUCCCCCGGUGCCGGGCAGCGGUCUGACGGGAGUUGCGUUUCGGUAGCGCCUUCCCCAGCGAAUAAAUAAGUCUUCAAAGCGAGCUGCUCUCGGCUCGUAAACAAGGGCUGGAAAAAGUAGCCUGGCAUGUCGGGGCAGAUCCACAUCAAAGGGACGGGAAAGGCGGCUCUGUUUGUGGUGUUUACCGGGGGUCUUUGAAGAAAGGCCCUAAAAAUCCACUUUCUGGCAGAGUUGCUGUUUGUCAGCUGCUUUCUCCUGUGGGGCGCUAAACGGGUCUGGUAUGAGCGCUCUCUUGACAGGGCAGGGGGGAAUGUAGCAUUUGCCCACUGGAGAGUGCGUGAUAAAUGCUUUGCCGAUGACUACCAGCAAUGGAUCGGGCUCCAGCCACCCACGGAUUCCCUCGCACCACUACGCUAAGGGAAACAUUUCCCAGUAAUUAAAGAGCUUUCCUAGUACCGAGGCAUGCAUGGAUAGACACAUGUUUAUCACGCUGUUGACCAAUUAUACACUGUAUAGAUUACUAUUUUAUUUAAAGUAUAGUGCUGGAGACGCUUCACACAAAGGGUACUCUGAGGCAGUCAACCCGUCCUCUUAUUUAGCAUUAUUUAUAACUUUAACAUUUUGGUGUCGUAUUUUUAAUCAAAUGCCUUUGGUUAAAAAAUGAUGAUGAAAGAUAUUGGAAGUAUAUAUAGGAAAAAAAAAAACAACAUUAUUUGAAGUGUUAGCAUUCAAAUAGCCAGCUGAGGAUGUGGCUUUUAGCGUUAGCAUUUCAAAGAGAAUCGGGUGAAACAGAUAGGCAGUCACCCUGCUCCAGCAGUGAAUUCCAGAGCGGGAGAUCUGCAGAUUAGGCAGAGUGCCUGUCAUUUAUGCACCUCGCGCUGUCUGACAAGAUGUGAAAUGGAGAAAUACCUGGCACCUCAGCUUCCGCCUGUCCCCGUCAUCCCUGAGCAUAAGAAAUACAGAAGAGACAGUGCCUCGGUUGUAGACCAGUUUUUCACUGACAGCGAAGGGUUGCCUUACAGCAUCAACAUGAAUGUCUUCCUCCCCGACAUCAGCCACCUGAGAACUGGCCUGUACAAAUCCCAGCGACCUUGUGUAACCCACAUCAAGACAGAGCCAGUCACCGUCUUCAGUCACCAGAGCGAAACUACCGCCCCUGCCCCCCCCACUCAGGCCCUCCCCGAAUUUACCAGCAUCUUCAGCUCCCACCAGACCCCUGAUGUGAACAACAUUUUCAUCAAGCAGGAGCUUCCUACUCCAGACGUUCAUCUUUCCGUCACACCCCAGCAAGGCCAGUUGUAUCAGCUCCUGAGCUCACCGGAUUUAGAUAUGCCCAACACUACUACUCAGGCAGCCGUGAUGGACUCCCUUAACAAUGUCUCCAUGCCAUCAGCCAUGACGGGCCUUAACACGCUCUCCUCGGCUGUUCCACAGACUGCAAUGAAACAGUUCCAGGGCAUCCCCCCCUGCACCUACACCAUGCCAAACCAGUUUCUGCAGCAGCAGGCCACUUACUUCCCUCCUUCCCCUCCAAGCUCUGAGCCUGGAAGUCCAGACAGACAAGCAGAGAUGCUGCAGAAUUUAACCCCCCCUCCGUCAUACGCUGCAACUAUAGCUUCCAAGCUGGCAAUUCACAAUCCGAAUUUACCAGCAGCUUUGCCCAUAACCCCCCAGAACAUCCAACCAGUCAGAUACAACAGGAGAAGUAACCCAGAUUUGGAGAAAAGACGUAUCCACUACUGUGACUAUCCUGGCUGCACAAAAGUUUAUACGAAAUCUUCUCACUUAAAAGCGCACCUGAGAACUCACACGGGUGAGAAGCCAUACAAGUGCACGUGGGAGGGCUGCGACUGGCGAUUUGCUCGCUCAGAUGAGUUAACGCGCCACUACAGGAAGCACACAGGGGCAAAGCCCUUCCAGUGCGCGGUCUGCAAUCGCAGCUUCUCCCGCUCUGACCACCUGGCUCUCCACAUGAAGAGGCACCAGAACUGAAAGCUGGGCUUGUCGUUGAGGCUGUUUUGUAUCUAUGCAAUUUCCUAUUGACUCUUGACGCGCAACUAAAGUUAGUUUAAUUUUUGAGUAUGGGUUACCCAUUUAAAAGAAAUCUCGAAAGAAACUGGAAAUGUAUAUUUUGUAUAUUUAUGCAGAAAAAGGGAAGACACUGUAUCACAGUACCAGCGUGUUCAGUCACUUGUUUGCUCUCAUGAUGUAUAUGGCUUUAGUCAGCAGGUUACAUCUCUUCACAAGUAUUAUGUCUUGACACAUUGCAGCUUUAUACAUUUUUUUUUUCCUCUUGCAGUGUUUUGACCAAAGCACUGUCAUUGUUGUGACAAUGUUUAGUAAACAAAUUAAUGAGAGGCUGCAGGUGAAUGAACACAGUGGAAAAGCCAUGAAUUGUAAUCUGUCAGGUUUUUACUGGACGUACUUAGUACUUGUGGGGGUUUUUCUUAAACGUUAAGUCAUUCUGUGAAAAAAGGUACAUAGGAAAAUUCAUAAACAGCCAUAGAACAAACAUUUUGUUCUGUAUGUUGCAUGUUUGCUAUGACAAAGAUUUUGUAAAUAUGCAAAUCAGCUUUUUAGGUUUAAUACAAAAAGUUUUCUAACAAUCAUCUGAAAAAAGGCAGUUGUUUUACAUUUGAUAACACGGCACAUUUACAGAAAAAAAGUUAUUUAAAUACCUCUCAAAACCAUACUGACUUAGCUUUGUUUUUCUUCAGAGAAAUGAGCUAGACAUUCAGAUGUGUCGUACCUGUUAACUAAAAUGGUGUGCACUGAAUAUUCAAAACAGGAUUUUGUUUUCAAGUUGCUUAAAAGGGCAAAGACAUGGAGAAUGAACCGUAAAGUCAUCAUUGGAAGCUUAACUAACGGGGAUAGUUGCAAGGAACACAGAAUGUUAAACCUCUUACUAUAAGCUAAACUUAGUAUCACUUUAAAAAGAAGGAUUUAGAAUGCAAUUUUCAUAUACAGACACAUUAAGCUGGUUCAGCACCAGUGUGAUCUAGUUUUGUGUGGAUAUUGCAUGUAAUUUACUAGAAGGUAAGGAUACAGUGAUUUUGUGUCAAAUUACAGCACAGUCUAGUUAAUCCACUGUUGAGAUUGACACACGCAAUGGAAAACUUACUGCUGACAAAAGUAGCUGAAACUCCACUGAAGACAGUGAGGCGGUGCCCUUUUAUGCUAACAAUGACUUUGAUCCACCGUGUUCAGCCUAGAAAUAGUAGAUGGAGGGCCAAAGAUGAGGUUAGACCAUGUAGGAUUUGGCCAGGCAACAGGAGAAAACCAAGCAAACUUAGGAAGUGUCUGGACUCCACAAGCUGUAACAUUAAGCUGUCAACCAAAGGCUAGAAUAGACAAUCAAAAUACCAAAAAAAAGGAUCUUGCAGGAAAACCUAGCUUUGUUAAAACUGUUGUUUGUCUUUAUUUAUUUGUGGUAUAUGAUAGACUCUCUUUUUUUUUUUAAGACAAUUUUACAUAUACUUGAUAAAUUAUAGUUUUGUUUGUUAUAGUUAGAAAUGUUGCUAUUAAUGUAAAUAGUUGACAAACGAUGUAAAUAAUUUUGUAAGGCUUCAAAUGUUUGUACAUGGAAACAUGCAGGAAUUGGUUGCUGUUUUGCUUCUUUUGCCUCCCCCCCCCCCCCCCCUUUUUGUAUUGUGGUAUUUCCUAUGCAAAUGAUGGAGCAAACAGCUGUAUAGUUGUAGAAUGUUUUGAGAGAGAAUGAAAUGGUUUAUAUAUAAAGACUUUUUUUUUUUUUUUUUGCAAAAUAAAACAAAGUGCCUAAUG